AUUUCAAUUUUAUUUAUUUCUCUGUGACAAUGGACAUUAAAUUAACCGAGCGGCUAUUUUUUAUCUGUUGUCCAGGGACAAAUGUUACAAAAAUAUUAUAAAAAUAUAAUAUUAAAGUUUAUACUAAGGAGGGGAGGCAUGUUAAAAUUCAACAGAAUGUCAAAGUCUUUGACUCAAAGACGACCCCAACCUCCUGUUCUCAUCCAGUCCCACUGUCCGCCUUCAUCCCCCGCCUGCAGCCGCCUGCACCCGCCUGGUCUCACCGACGACCAGGGCGAGUCAUCUCAAACACAGCUAAUGCUCCGGUACUGUUAGCUUAACUGCUACAAACAGCGCUAGCUUUAGCAACCAGAAACCUGAACAUUGUCAACUCUCGCUUUUUCCUCCAAACGACAACAAAGAGAUCAACAGACGGAGGACAAGAAGGAGUUCAAAUGACGGUUAAUCGAGUCAUUUUAGCGACAAACAGCAGAUGAAAACUUCACAUAGCUCUGCUCUCCUGAGAACAGCAUCUCUGCACUGAGCCUGUGUGCGCGUGAGAGAGAGGAGGACCCGAGUGAAGCGAGAGGCCACGCCCUCCUUGGAUCUACCAAUCAGCACUAGCAGCUACUUUGAAUGGGAGCCAGAGAGAGCAGAGAGCGCUCUGAUUUUCUUGUUUGCAUAUCGUCACGUUUGGGGGGGCAGUCCUGAAAUUUGGGGGGGCAUUGCCCCACCUUGCCAAUACCUAGAUCCAGCCUCAAUACGGAUGUCAAAAUAGAGCACCGGACGGUCCUAAGUAGGUGAGAAGAGGCGGUGCUCUAAAGUGUGUUUUAGAGAAGUCCCGGUGCUCAGCACCGGAGCGCACCGGCCCACUUAGAGCUCUGCCACUGACACUUUCCUUUCUGCCUGUGAGAAUCCAGAGCGAGAGGUUCAUGUUUGUGAUGCUAAAAGCACACUCUUCAAACGGUGGAAAUGUUUUAUCUCCAUUUUCUCCUGCAGCUUUUCAGUGAGAAGAUCAAUGGAGUCGAAGGUACAAAGCAUGACGAGGACUUUUUGGAAAUGGAGAGGAAGAUGGAGGUGACCCACAAAGGUCUGGCUGACCUCCAGUCCAGGACCACCGAGUACCUGCAGCCAAACCCCGCUUCUCGAGCCAAACUGAACAUGCUGAACACGGUCUCAAAGAUCAGAGGUCAAGUGAAGAGCACCGGCUACCCUCAGACAGAAGGCCUGCUGGGAGACUGCAUGAUCCGCCAUGGAUACGAGCUGGGGGGGGACUCCGCCUUCGGGGGCGCUCUGGUGGACGUGGGAGAGGCCAUGCAGCAGAUGGGAGACUUGAAAGACUCUCUGGACAUAAAGGUCAAAGAAAAGUUCAUCGACCCGCUGCAGAGUCUGCAGGACAACGAGCUGAAGGAGAUCACGCACCACCUGAAGAAGCUCGAGGGCCGCAGGCUGGCUUUCGACUACAAGAAGAAGCGGCAGGGAAAGAUCCCGGACGAGGAGAUCCGGCAGGCUUUGGAAAAGUUUGAGGAAAGCAAAGAGCUGGCAGAGAGGAGCAUGUUCUACUUCCUGGAGAACCAGGUGGAGCAGCUGAGUCAGCUCUCAGGGCUGGUGCAGGCGGCUUUGGCCUUCCACCAGCAGUCCUCUGAAGUUCUGCGGGAGCUCAGCAGGAAGCUGCAGAAGCGGAUCUCCACGGCCAGCAGCCGGCCCAGGAGAGAGUUCAAGUCCAAGCGGAACAGCGUGGAGCGUCUGGACGGCGGUCACCGCGGCAGCCUGACCCGCUGCUCACUGAAGUCCAGCGGUUCUCCGGCCGUCCUCACAGUCCCAGGAAAACCAGAUCACAUGACGCCCGCCCCCCUGUCGUGGCCGGAGAGCCCCCCCAGCAAAGGCGGUUUUCAGGCAGAGGGGGAGGUGCCGGACCAGCCGUGCUGCCGCGCCCUCUACGACUUCGACCCGGAGAACGCCGGCGAGCUGAGCUUCAGGGAGGGGGACACCAUCAUCCUGGCCAACCAGCUGGACCAGAACUGGUACGAGGGCAUGAUCAACGGAGACUCGGGCUUCUUCCCCGUCAACUACGUGGAGGUCAUCAUCCCCCUCCCCCAGUGACCUCCGACCUCCCUGAUGGUCGGGGAGCUCCUCAGAGAGGCGGGGCCCUGCGGGGGGGCGGUGACCCCUGGCAUGCUGGAGGGACCGCCUCCAGGUCUGUGGAACAGAGAGAGCUGUGAGGAUCGAGGACCAGAACCGGAUCGGGAUCCGAAUGGUCUUCAAAUCAAGCUGUCAGACUUCAGUCCAUCAGCGGUCCGGAAACCUCGGAUGUUCUGACGGCCCCCCCGCUGUGGGUACAGGCCUCUGUUGGAGACGCCAGAGGUUCUGCAGAAAGGGGGGGUUCUAGUCCUUUGAUGUGUUCUGGAAAGUCCAAACGCAGAUCUGUCCAGAACCCUGCUAGGCUGGAACAAAGUCCAAAUGACUUUAAAGGAGAGACAUAUCUGGACCGGUUCUAUCAGAACCCGUGAAGGACAAAGUCGCUUCAUGGACUUUUCAGAUCCAUGAUGUUCAUGUUGUCAUGGCAACAGUGGUCGCUUCGGAGUAUUGGAGCAGGGUUCUGAGGGACCGUAAAUCACUUCCUGGAUCUGCACCGGAUCGAUUAAACUGCUCCACCUCCAGAACCGAGUUCAGAUGUUUGAAGCUCCUCCAGCUUCACUGAACGCCGGUCGGUUCUGUUCCAUAAAGGUUCUGCGGUUCUGUGUCUGAGCCGUGAAAGAUUUAUCCAUUCAUGGAUCUGACAGAUCAGUAAAUCCUCUGCAGUAAACGUGUCGUGUCCAAAC